GCUAUCUGCUUCUCCGAUCGAUCGAUGCCAUUGCCAGAGGCAAACUCCUUUAUUAUUUUUCGAAUGUGCCGACGAACCCAUAUCAUCGUUGGACGCGCCAUCGACUGUAGCCAAGUAUUCCGCUGCUGACCGUUCGUGGUUAACGAUGGACAAUACCGUUUCUGGUUUUUCAGUUUUCAUUAACGGACGUACGCUAAGCUGCCUGAUUUGUCCAAAGUCCACUGCAUCCUGUGCCAGCCUGUGGCAUCCGCUACAGCGGGUCAUUUCGUACGAAGAACUGUUGGGCAAGUAUGGGCGGAAGGUGAACCGUGACCAGUACGAUGCCAUCGAUAUCUACACGUGCCCCGCGUGCGGUCACGAGCGUCUCUCGAUUGAGGCACUGUACGACCAUUUUCGUGCCGAGCAUCACCACCAGCAGCAGGCCUACGGGGUGAAGGGGGAAUUCCGUUGUCCAGUUUGUGUUUGCUUUCGACUGGAAGACUCCACGAUGUUUGUCGCUAAUGACCUGGGGCUGGUCGGGCAUCUGAUCUCACGCCAUUGUUUCGCCAGCGAGCGGUUGUACAGCGAGGAGCAUGAACUGCGUUCCCGAUACUGCUACGAUGAUGAGUCCGAGUUGGUGCGCUUCUUGGCCAUCUUUCUUCCCCCAAGCACGGCACGGCUUGAUUCGGAUUGUGAUCGCAGCUCGUUAAGCGCGAAAGACGCCGAGCAGCUAGAGUGUCCGAUCUGCUUGGAACAAAUCGAUGGUAAUCGUUGCCGCCGAUUAUCGUCCUGCAGCCACCAGUUCCACGACGAGUGCAUCGAUCGUUGGCUGGAGGAGAAACUAUGCUGCCCGGUUUGUCGAACGGAUUGUUCCGGCUCGAGACGCAGCUAAAGGAAGGGAAACACGCCUCGCUACUAACAGAUUUAAACAUACGAAAUUACUAGAAUUGUUCUCUAUAAAUUAUCAAGAAAUGGGUCAUUUAGGGUAGGCCACCUUCGA